CAAAAGGGGGAUUCAGGGAGUCCAGAUUGACAUUGGUACAUACAGUCCUGGCUUAAAAAAGUUGGAAGCAGCGGUCGUUUGAUCAUACAGAUUUGGGUGAUUUCAUUUGAUUUGAUUACUUCAAUCAGCAACUGAGAAUUUCUUUCAAUUUCUUGUGUAAUUGGAAAACCGUUGCCGGAGUGAUUACAGAGACUGGCACUGGCACUGGGACUGCCAUGGAUGAUAUGGAGGAUUCUUUGUUCGAGGGUAUGGUCCUCUUCGACCCUUCUUCAUCUUCUUCUCAAUUGCCUGUAAAAUCUGCACUAGAUGAUAAUAAUAAGCAUGAUGACAGUAUUCAACUACGUAAUCAUGGUGAAAUUAGUCAGCAACCUCCCCAAUCCCCAACUCCCGCCGCCAUAACCACCACCGGAGCUUCAUUUGAACCCCUGGAUGAGAACCUGUUCUCGGAUCUAACCCUCUUCCAACCCCAAUCUCAAGAUGACGUCUCCUCCACUCUCGAUCAUCCUCCUCUUUCACCGUCAUCAUCGUCAUCAUCACGUAGUACUACUGAUGUUGCCACAACAUUUGCAUCGCCAUCACAAACAUCAGCCACAAUUACUUCUACCAGUGUUAGUAAUAGUAGAGGAGCUGCCCCCCUUGCCCGAUCCCUUUCAUCACAGAAUUCUUCCACCAGGAAAAAGAAGAGAGCUGGUAUAAGGAUCGGUUAUGGUAGAACAACUCAGACUCAAGAUGCCAAUGUUGAUGUUGAUGACAUGCAGCCUCAACUCCGUCUCCCCUCCCACUCAACAACUACAUCUCCAUCUCCAUCUCCAUCCCUGUCCUCUGCUUCAUCACUGCCCGUGGUUAUUGCUGAAGAAAAGGAUGAACCAGGGGAACAAAAACAGCAAAUCAUUCCUGAUUCUGAAAUUAGUUCUGAUUUAACAGCAGCAGCCACUUCCACAGCCGAAGAACAGAUCAAGAUAAAUGAGGUAAUUCCGAAUUCAGAGUCUGUGGAAUUGACACCAAAGAAUAUACCACAAGAAGAAGAAGAAGAAGAAAAGGAGAAGAAACAAGUCCAGAGUAGGGAGAAUUCAAUGGAGUCCAGAUAUGACCAAAUUAAGGCACAGAUCGCUGACAAGCUCAAUUGUGCCCAGCAAGCAGUAGCUUCUGUGUCUGCCAAACGCAAGGACUUCAUUAGGAAGAGAAGGAAAGCGGAGGAGGAGCUGAAUCUUGCGUCUGCAAAGCACAAGGAAAUGGAGAAGGAGCUGGAGGAAGCUGUUGAGUCUGAAGAUUUUGAGACUGCGGAAAGAGUCAGUGACAGCCUUGCAGCAGCUGAGAAGAACAAGGAGCUUCUUUCCAUUGCCUUGAGAGAUGCUGAAUCCAACUGUGAUGCCAUUGAUGCUAAGAUGCAGGAGGCUUUGGAGUUGCAAAUUGUGGCUGAGGAGGAAUGUGCAGCUCUGCUGGAAAGCUUCGCGAUGGAUGCUGAUCAUGAUGCAGAUGCUGUCAUCUCAAAUGCCAAAUCUAAGACUUCAGAAGAAUUGGAGAAGUGGCUAUCCUUAUCUGAAGCUUUAGAGGUGAAGAAAAUGGAAGUGGAAAUUGAAUCACAUGUUUUAUCGGGAGCAUGCCUGAUGUUAGAUGAUUCCAUUGAACAUGCUGUCAAGGAUGACAGGGAAGAAAGUGAACUCCUUCACAAGAAAAAAAAUAUGUUGGCAGAGGAACUGCAGGAAUUGCUUGCUUUGGUGAAGCAGAAGGAAGCAGUAAUAGCAGAAAAUGAUUCGAAGAUCGAAAAGGUUGAGAAAAGGAUGGCUGAUGUAGUCUCUAGCUUCCAGGAGGCACAAUCAAACAUUCAUUCGAAGUCUGAUAAUCUUCAACUGGGUCUUUCUCAACUGCAACUCGAUAGUGAUGCUUUGUCUAGAAAAAAGGAGGAAAUUGAUGAUUAUUUCCUCCAGGAAGAAGCCAGAGGUUCAAAAGUCAGGGAACUUGGCCGAAUUUCUGCAGCUGAAGCAGGCAUGUACCAAGAAGUCGUAAACCUGCGUAGGAGUUUAGUACAGUUCAUCUCGAAAUCGUGGGAAGAUAAAGCAAGGUUAGCUAGGACUGAGCAAAAGUUGUUUGAUGAUGUUCAAAUGCUCAGACAAGAUAUUUCUGCUGUAAGAGCUUCUCUUCAGGAUCUAUCUUCAACAAAAUCAGGAACCCAGCAGGCAAUUGAAUCUUCCAAGCAGAGGCUUCUCUUUAUAGAAAAAAGAGUCCCAGAGCUAGAAUCUGAAAAGAGAGUCGCUGCUACUGCAAGAAAUUUCAAAGAAGCAGCACGUAUCGCCAACGAGGCAAAGACACUAUACGUUGAAAAAGAAAGUCUGCAAACUAAAAUAGACGAAGUCGUGUCAGAGCUUAAGAAGAUAGAGGACGAUAUUAACCACAAUGUCAAUAGACUGCAGGAAAAAGAAGAAAAUAUUUCGUCAAUGGAGAAGGAAUUGGAAAUGGUCAGGUACCAACGGCUACUUCUCCUUGCUGGUACAGCCACGGCUGAAAGAUCAGCUGCUAUAGAGUUAGGUGACCUUCAAGAAGCUGAUAUUUUGCUGAAGGAAGCCGAGGCUGCAGAUUCUGAAGCCAGAAAGAUUCAGCCAACUUCCAAAGUUGAGGAGGAAGAGUUUGAUACCGUCCCAAAGUCCUUCAUUUCCAUGGAACUUGUUGCCACUCUCGAUAGGAAUCAGCUAGCUGAACUGGCAGCAUCUACUCAAAUGGCUGAACCAUGAACCAAGGUAUUAUAUUGUAGAAAAUGCUGUUUUUUUUGUCUGAAACUUCUGUUUUCUGAUAACCAUGGGGUUAAAAUUUCCAAGAGAAAAGAUCACAAAUGUGGUUAAUUGAUUGAAAGAAAAUAAGAUCCCAAGAAAGGGACCCAGAAGAUGUUUGAAUGUCAAAAGGCUCGAGUUCUGUUCCAAAUACCUAUUUUUUGUUUUAUUUCUCAUCCAUCCACCCAUGCAUUUUUAUUGGGAUUUUGACUUCAAGUCUUUUCUUUGAACCUGUUUAUCUACAGAAUGUUGUACAAACCAUUGCAUUUGAUGUCAUUUUCUAUCCUUUUGAGUUGUCAAGACCUUUCCUAUAAUUUACUUGUGUGAUAUUGUUUAAAGCCAUUGUUCAUGGAAACAACCUUUAUUCCCCUUGGAGUAGAGGAAAUGUUUGCCUACAUUUUAUCUCUUUCAGAUUGUACU